CAAAUCCGUGAAAUAAUUUUAUUUAUUGCACACCUUUGGAUGCAGUUCUUCUCCAUUGACGCCUAUUCCAAUCAAUUGCAUUAAUCUGUUGAGUUGCAUUGCUGUGACUGGCACAAAUUUUUAUCAAUCGUGAGAAUCGGCUUCAAUGAUCGACGAAAAAUUGCAUCGCGAUGUUACAACCACGGGAUUAGUAUGGAAACGCGCGUAUACUAAUCCCGUUGCGUUGUAAGUUACCCUCAAAGGACUAAAUUAUAAUAUAGGUAUUUAGCUAUUUAGCAGUGAGUGCACUCACACAAACACAAAUGACCGAGAACCCCCAUCUUACUCAAGUUCAACAGAGGUAUGUAUGCGUUUCCACCAAGAUUUCGGCGUUGAUUAGGUUCCUGAUUAGGUAGAGAUGUGUUUAUUCGGAUCGUGUGGCUCUUUUUGCGUUUAUCUUCGGACGAUCCGCUUUUCGUUUUCCUGUGGAAUUUCCUUUAUCAUUCCUCGCAUCUUGUUGUCUUUCCAAUAUGGCAUUAGUUUAGGAAGCAUUAGUGGCGUUUACAGCAUUUAGGUGGGGGUAUGCAGUCGCAUCAACGGUUAUCCUCUCUCUUUCUCUCUCUCUCUCUCUCUCUCUCUCUCUUACAGCCUUUCUAGGCACAUCGCGGACCCAGUCCAUCACGAGGAGAUACGAGUCUCAAAUCUAGGCAAUCUUUUUUUUUAGGAAAGUCAACAGGGAAGGGGGAGGGGGGAAAAGAAUUUGUUCUAUAUUCAGAAAUAAAUCGAACAAAGGAAAUAGACGAUCAUUCGCGUUUCAAUCUGAUGCAGAAAAAUAAACGAAAUAGAGAUACGUGUAACUUCUUGAAAAAAAGCUCAUUAAAGCUGUCUAUGACUUCUAUUUCCAAUUUGAAAUGCUUUUACAGAGUCAUCCACUUUUGUGCAGCAAUGAUACAUGUUGCAAAAAUGGAUCUUUUUUAGGUCUACAAGAAAAGCAUAAGAUCAACGUUUUUACAUGUAGCAGUUUUUUUUUCCUUUUCUUUCUUUUUUUGGGAUUACAGGGUCAACACAUAAUUUUAUGUGCAUCUGGUAACAGCUCCAAGUUCUCCGGUAUACAUUCUUUUCAGGAAAUAUUUUUUCCUUUUUGCAGCUAUUCUUUUUACAGGCUUUUCAGGCUUUACUGCACGUCUCGUCUUGUGCCUCGUUACGUUUACAGGUUACCGCGAACGAAUGAUCUUCGAAUAUAUCGAUGCAUUGAGAAUUUGAACAAAAAAUGACAAUGCAAAGAAAAACGGAAAAUAUUAAUAAAAAAGAAAUGGCAAUUUCAUUGGACAUUAAGAAGUUAAAUGUAACGCUUAGGGUCGCGCCGAUCAAAAGCAUUCGCUUACCACUACCACUACUUCUACCACUACUUCUACCACUACUACUACCGAACAUGACAAAAUACCACACUGCCUGGAGAGAGGCUAAGUCCAGUCCCUCGAGGCAAGUACUUAUACCAUUCUCAUGCCUUCGUACAUUGGGUUUAUGCGACAAUUUUGUAGCCCCCCUUCCUCGAUGUGUUCUCGGUUCUCCUGUGCCAAUGGUGCGUUCUCUGAUUCAAUAGUUUCACAUCAAUAAAAGCAUGUUGCUUAAUCUACUAAAUCGCGCCGAGUAAUUAGUUAAUUAUCAGAAUC